UUGCCUUCCGAUCAAUGUUGUUCUCCAGCUAGACGCUUUAUACUUUGCCAACUUACUGUAUUUUUAAAGUGCUCGGGAGCAAUCACGAGACCGAAAACGGGCUAUAUUCCUGGGAAAGUUAGUUAGUAAGCCAUGUUUGUGUUGAACUGUGCUGGCAAGGUUGAGGGAAUUUUUUAGAAGGCACCCGUAACUCGAACACCAGUUCUUCACCACAUUCCUAGAACUCAGCUGAUGUAGUAAAUACCUGACGAUGGAAAGAAGAGGCGAAGCAGAUUCUCCCACAAGAGUGACCUCCAGUAACAGUAGGAUACCAGUGGUUCCUUUAGUGCAAAAUUUUAGUGAUGUUAACCACUAUGCAUCAACAGUUUCUCCAGAAGGUGUAGCCAUACCACGCUUUAUUCUGUCACCCAGCCAACAACAGCAAAUUUCAGAUAUUUUCUAUCUCAAGCAGCAACAGGAGCUGCAGCAACAGCUCCUCUACCAAAACUUCCAACACCAGUUACAACAACUUCAACAACAGCAUCAGCAUGAACUGCAGCGCAAGAGAUUGCUUAUGAAGAGACAAGAAGAGCACCGGCCUAGAGAGCCGCAAGAAAAGACACAAAAAGAAAGGGAACACCGCUUUCCUCAACCAAAAAUUAAGGUUGAACCAGAAGAAUCUAAUGAAAGAGGACAUGGUAGUUCAGCAAUGGAUCAGGGUGAGCCUCCAGAAAAGCAAUCUAAAAUAAAGCAAGAAGUGCUUCAAUCUCCCCCAAAUCAGCCUCCUAUAGCUACUCAACAACAGCACUUUCAGAAGCCACCAGCACAGGAUAACCAUCAUCCACAACAACAGCAACAGCAACAACAUCAACAGGCACCCCAGCCACCACCACAGCAGUCUCAAGGAUCUCAGCAGCAGCCUCCACCAGAAUUAUCUUCAAGUGAGGUGAAGAAGCGUCUUCAUGAAUUUGUUAUCAGCAAAAAGCAAAAGGAUCUUGCUUUAGCUUCUGGGACACAUGCACAGGCCUUUAAGCACUGGAACCAGCAAUAUGAUGAUUCAGAUCGAAUUACUCCUCUAGGAACUGGCUAUGAAGGGGUCAAUUAUCCACUGAGAAAAACAGCUUCUGAACCUACCCUGAAAGUGAAGUCACGACUCAAAGCCCGACUUAGGUAUUGUCAUGGAAGCCCAUUACUAUACAGACGUCAAGAUCGUCGAAAUGGAAAUAGAAUCAACAAGAGCCUAACAUUGGAAAAUGCAGGAGCUGAAAUGGGUGAAUGUUCCAACCCAGGCUCCCCAAUUCAGUCAUCAUCUACCUCACCACACAGAGAGGGUUCGUCACCCUUGAGUACUGGUCCUGGGUCAGGUCUUGGCCACAGUCUUCCCAAUCUCCAAGCAAUUCCACGUUACCCUUCAGGUAUGGAUCACAGCCGUGGCAGCCAGCUGUGGCUUUCAACCCAGCUUACUAACAAACCCCGUGUUCUAAGUCAUGGUAGUAGCUUGGCAAGCAACGAUGUGACUCAUAUGGAAGUGCAGCAGAGUCCAUAUUCUAGUCAAACUAUUUCAGAUGGAAUAGAAGAAGAGGAUGAGAGUGAUGUUGCUACAGCUGCACUGCAUCAAGCACGGUGGAAGCAGCUGGCAUUAGCCCAAGCACAAGCACAGAUGCUUUCCAUGGGUUAUGGAGCGCAACAAUUGAAAGUGAAUUCUGUGUUGCCACCUUCGUCAUCUUCAACAGGACUGCCAUCCGCAUCACCAGAAGCACAGAACAACUUGCUAUCACCUCGCAGAAUAGGAGGAGGGCUAUCUGCAUCACUAACGACUGCACAAAUGGAAAGGCAAUUGAAGGAACACCGACCUUUGCGCCAGUCUCUGUCAGCACCAGGCUUGUCUUUGUCAAAUGGUGUAGCCCUGCACCAGCAGCCGCAGAACCAAGAACUGUUACAGCAGCAGCAUAUGGAAUUUAUGAAACAACAACGGGUGCAACAGCAGAAUCAAGCCAGGUUCAUCCAACAACUUCAACAGGAGUUGCUUCUGCAGCAGAUUGGUGCCAAAAACCUCCAAAUGAACUUGCAAAAGUUGCAAGAGUUACAACAGCAACAGCAGCUGCACAAAGAAUCCCAGGCAGCGCUGAAAGAACACUUGGAACAUAUGCAACAGAAAGAAGCUUGGAAGGGGCGUCUUUUACAGUUACAACAACAACAACAGCAACAGCAACAGCAGCAGCAAAAACUGCAGGCUCAAUUGCUUCAGCAGCAACAGCUGCAACAACAACAACAACAACAACAACAACAUCAACAACAACCAUUACCUAGACUUGUUCGUACACACAGUCAUGAUGACCUCCCCUCGCCCCAGACCACUCAAGAGCAACACAUACAAGAACUUCAGCUUAUUCGUCAGUUACAUCAACAGGAAUCGCCUGAAAGAGACUCCUUGUCACAGGGACACCAACAAGCUCUACAGCUACGUCAAGCAGAUUUAGCUGCAGCGUCAUCAGCGGGAUCUGUCUCCCCAGGGGCGACUGUGGGCCACAGGCCUUUAUCAAGAGCCCACUCAUCACCUGUUGUAGGCAGUGGUCAAGUGUCUGAAACAGGGAAUCGUACCGGCCUUGUUUAUGACACAGUUAUGUUGAAACAUCAAUGUUCGUGCGGUGAUGCCAGUUCCCAUCCUGAACACCCAGGAAGAUUACAAAGUAUCUGGGCACGACUGCAGGAGACUGGUGUUGCCAAUCUUUGUGAACGAGUGCGUCCCAGAAAAGCAACCUUAGCGGAGAUUCUUACAGUUCACAGUGAACAGCACACCAUGUUGUUUGGUGGCAGUACACAGUGUAGAACAAAGAACGAGGAUGGGACUAGUACUUUGCUCAAGUGUUUCAAUAAGCUCUUUUGUGGUGGGAUUGGGGUCGAUGGAGAUACAAUAUGGAAUGAAAUGCACAGUGCCAAUGCAGCCAGAAUGGCUGUCGGAUGUGUUGUGGAACUUGCAUCUAAAGUUGCCAAAGGAGAACUUAAGAAUGGAUUCGCUUUAGUGAGACCUCCAGGCCAUCACGCGGAAGCUCACCAAGCGAUGGGCUUCUGUUACUUUAAUAGCGUGGCAAUUGCUGCGAGACUACUGAGACUGAACCUGUCUGUUGAACGAGUUCUGAUCGUGGAUUGGGACAUUCAUCAUGGAAAUGGAACCCAGCAGAUGUUUUAUGACGACCCACAUGUUAUGUACAUCUCAAUUCACCGCCAUGACGAUGGGACCUUCUUCCCUGGUACCGGAAAGUCAGAAGAGUGUGGUGCUGGAAUAGGUGUUGGCUAUAAUGUUAAUAUCGCCUUCAUGGGCGGAUUAGAGCCAGUGUAUGGUGAUGCUGAAUACUUCGCAGCGUUCCGUUCCAUAGUGAUUCCCAUAGCGAAGGAGUUUGAGCCCGACAUAAUAUUAGUUUCAGCAGGAUUUGACGCUGCAGCCGGACAUUCGCCUGCUUUGGGUGGCUACCAGGUCACGGCAGCGUGUUAUGCGCAGUUGACGAAACAGCUCAUGGACGUUGCGGGAGGCCAUGUGGUCCUGGCAUUGGAAGGAGGCUAUAGUUUGCCGUCCCUGUGCGAUGCAGCUGAGGCAUGUGUGAAGGCCUUGUUAGGAGAAAAGUUGCCUGAACUUUCCAAGGAUAGCCUUAAAAGGGCACCGAAUCCAAACGCUGUAGCUGUUCUGGAGAAAACGAUAAACAUACAAGGCAGAUACUGGAACAGCGUAAAGAGAGCCGCUACACAGAUCUGCCAAUCAUUAGUACAAGCUCAACAGCGAGAGAAAGAAGAGGCCGAUACUGUGACGGCGCUAGCGUCACUUUCCAUGGGAGUUGUACAGGAAUCAAACAAAAAUAUUGACGAAUCCAUGGAAGAGGAGCAAGUUGAAACAUGAGAUCAAAACAGAAAAAACAAAAGCAAGGAAUGAUUUUAGGUAGAAUAGCUUCUAUAUACAUCUUGUUUAAAUGCCUAUACGUCUAUCAGACAAAUCAAAGCACUCGUUGUAAAUCGGUUCACAGUCGUGUAGCUUGAAAUGAAGGACGAGUGAUCGUUGUCUUUUGACCGCUGACCCAGUCCGAGCUGCAAUAAGAUAAAACGAUUUAUCGGGAAAGAAAUGUUUCAGUGAGCUAAAAUGUAGAGUCACCCAAAAGAAUUUAGCUUUCCAAGAUUAAUUGGAUAGCACUCGCUUUGAACGAGGUUUUAGGAAUGCCCUACAACCGAACAACUGUUUCUCUGGGUGCCAUUGCUAUAGUAAGGGUAAGAAGGAAUGGGUCAUGUCCUCGAGAAGCUUUACGGUUGCUUAAUUAUCACGUCGUUCGCAUAUCCUUGCGCCAUAAAAUUUCGAAUUGGCACCGUUCAUAGACCGGUUUUUUUUUGUUCCUCAAUCGGACUGGGUCAGCUUGCAAAAGUGAUUGUAAUUUUUUAUGCAGCCAUGCAGCACUGGCUUGAUGUAAUGGACUUGAUGUGUUAUAUGCAUAGAGUGGGACAACGAAUCGAAUGACCGGUUAUUAACCAUCAUUGCAAGUCUGACUGUACAACUUCAGUUUUAAGAGCUAUGUCACUCACGUCUACCCCCUCCCCUCCCCCCCUCAAAUUCGUCCCUUUAUUCCGUUUUUAUGUGAAAGGUUCCUCCUUUAAGCCAGUCUUAGUUCUGUUUUCGUUGACCUCGUCGUUAUUGUAUGUCUUCAUCAACUAUCUCUUAGGAGCCAUUUUCUGAUGAUUUUGACAAAAAGUGAAAGAACAGGCUUUCGAUACAUCGCUCCAUUCUAUUUCGUAGUGGCCAUUUUGGAUUUUAUUGGUGCGUCUGUUGCUGUGAUCUAAAAGCCCAACACUUGCGCAGCUCUAAAUGGCCUUUCGAUUAUUGUCGGCAAACGAUCGGAUUUUCCGAAAAUGCUCCGAACUUCUUUGGGUGAUCCCGACCUCGGUAAAGAUUCUUUUUUACAGACCACUGCUUCUGUAGAACUAAAAUAAAGUCGUUCCGAAUAAUAUUGCAUUAAUUCUUCAGUUUUUCUUAUUUCUUUUUCGAUGCCUGUUGUAAUUCUAAACAGGUAUGUGUAUUUAUUUCGCUGUGCUAAUGCUUAAGGUUUCUUCCGAUGAAUAAGUGAUUUUAAAACUGGCCCUUGGUGUAGCGUACACGGGCGAGACGCAACUCUUUAAAACUGAAGCUUUAUUCAAUAUAGCUAUAAAUACCUAGCUUAGCUAAGUGUUUUCAUUACUCAUUUUAUCAUCAUAAUCACAUACCUAGCUGGCUAACCCCUCUACUCUCGCAACCUGAUUACAACUUUUCCAUUCCAUCUGCCAUGGAAUUCCUUGUAUAUUAGUUUGCUAUGAUACAACGACAGGAUCCUCCAGCUGUUUAGUGUUUCUAUGCUCAUCACCUAUCAACUGAAAAUUGUAAUGAAAUCGCUUGGAGAGUCUCUCUGUAAAUCAGCUGCGAGAGUUGUGGGACUAGACUUGUUUAUCAGACUUCCAAGGAGUUUCUAGUGUGUAAUUUAGCCGAGAUAUCCCCUCGGUAACUCUGUAAUUAUUCCGUGUACAUAGUUGUCAAAAGUGUCUGGGGAUUUUUUGAAAAAAGACCCCAGUUACUAGAGGAUUUUCUCAUUUAAAUUAUGGCUUUUAAAAAUGUUACCCUGCGUAGCAAAUAUAUAACAGGGAAGUGACAAUACUAUGUAAAUGCUACAUACAUAUAUAUUAUGAAUAGUAAAAAGUUUUUAGCCUUAAGAAGGUGGAAUGUUAUGGCAUAAAUUCGUGGCAGAUUCGUGUUAGAUUUACAGAGCCACCUUAAAAAUCUGUGACCCGUGUGUACUGGGUCGAGUCUUUCGAGGCAUAUUGAAGCUGCCCGUGAACUGAUGCUGUUCCAACAUUUUGUGCUAUGCUGUUACAAUUAUUGCAGUUGGUAGUGUUUUCGAGAGAUUUUUUUUUGUCCAGUGUAUCUUCUCAGUGUGGCAGAAGGGAAAUUUGAUUUUAUGUGGGCCUCGUCACGUAUUUGUUUCUUCUUAGCAUGAUUCUGAACUGUUUAUUUUUUGAGACAGACUUGUGGAGGGUAAAACCAGUUGUGUUUCGACUUAGUUUGGAUCUGUGUCCGACCUAAAAGCUUGAGGCUUAAAACUAGAUGUCCUUGAUACAAGAGCUUUUGGUCGUCUCACUAGAGGAUAAACGAACGCAAAUUGUCACGGCAAAACGGCGGUUUGUUCAUGUCCUAAUAGUAAGUUGGUUCGUUCGCCUGACAUGUUCGAUCUCACUAUGAACGAUUACUUCUCAAAUUCACCAUGAAAUGUUUUAGGCAAACUGAGAAAGAAGAACUAAGAGAAAAUGCAACGACAAAACUCCAAAUUCUCAUAACCAGAAAUUAAGGAAAUAGUUACAAGGCAGAGAAGAGAAUUGCUAAUUACGUCAUGAGGGUCACAUGGUUAAAAGAGUUGGAGGACUCUUCCUGGUUCUUCAAAAGCGUCAGUGAAUAAAAAUACUUGUAAUGUUGGUUUAUUUUUAUUUUUUGUAGUUUUAUUUUAUUGUAAGAAAUAUUCGUUUUCUCUCUUUGUGUUGAAAAAACAAUUCCCAGUUAUGAAGCGGAGUCUUUUUACGAAGUCUGCACACAGGAAAAAUGGGAAUAGAUUAACUUCCUAACUCUAUGUUCAAUUUCCACGUGUAGUUAAUAACUUUUAUGUAUUACGUCGACGUAGACCUUGAAACUAAAGCGUAAAGAGGGUUGGCUUUCAGAGACUAGCGUCACAAAUGGAUUUAUUUUCAAAUUAAAAACAAAAAUGUUGUUAAA